AUGUCCCUCGAGGCAUACACAAAACUCCCACCGGAUGAUAUCCCGAACGCCACCGUCGAUGGCGACACACAGCAGAAAUUCAUGAAACUCUGGGACAAGGACAAGAACUACACAGGAGAGCCGUACGACCUCCUCGAUGACAAGAUCCGAAUCUUUAUGAGUAUCUGCUACAACAUCCAAGUGAAACCGUCACAAUUUCACGCCCUUUUCCCCCGAAUCCUCGCCGGAAGAGCACAAACGUUCUACAUUGACAAGAUCGAAUGGACUACCACGUUUAGGAAGGCAUACGACAGCAUCAAACAACACUUUGACACGGAAGUUAACCACGUCCAUUACUAUACAGAUUGGACCACAACCACUUUCAACUCGAUUCGUGCCCAAGAUGCUUCCAAAUCCCUCCAUGAAGUCCUUCAACUACUCUUCGAUAAGCUACAACUCUGUCAGAGAGCCCUUGGCCCUGACUACGCAGGAAACAUUCCACUGCGUACUACGCUUAUCAUCGCAUGCCGUGGUGUACCCGAACUUGAACACGCCCUCUUCAAACCUGCAGCAAAGAUCGAGACCCUCUUUGCAGAUCUACGAUCUUCCGUUGAGACCCACCUUGCCCGACAGACAAACCCUCAGUACUUGCAAAGCCCUGACGGAUCAUUUGGACCAACGAAUCCGAACAAUCAGUACUACCUCGAUCGCCGAUACCAUAACAACCGCGCUACAACCGUGAAAGCUACAGGCCCUCAAGCCAUAGCAACUACACCCCUAGCCACACCAAUCGCAAUUGGACCAAAAAGUGCUUUGUUUGUGGACAAGAAGGUUGCUGGUCAACCAAACACUCUGCAGAAGAACGACAAGAGGCCAAGGACCAAUAUGUCGCACGUUGUCAAUUCACAGGCAUACAACCUCCAAACUUCAUAG